AUGAUAUUUAGUCUAUCUACUGAUUCCCGGCGGAAUCAAGCAAGAAUCCAGGUGCAUGACGGAAAAAGGAAAAAUGAUACCAUACUGGGAAUUUUUUCAGGGGCAAGACAGCCCUUAAUCAUACAAACAAGUGGUCGAUUCAUGAUGGUGGCUUUACAAAGAGACUCUGUCUCCACCCCGUGUAACUUUAAAGGAACUUAUUAUACAAGUCAAAAAAAAGGUUAGCGAUAGUAAGUUUUAAUAACAAAGCAUAAGAAUGUUAAUUAGCUCCUCAUAAUAUACUCUUGGAGGCGCAACUGUCAAAAGCAGAAACAGUCUCAAAAGCUGUAGUAAUAAUUUUUCAAAUCCCCAAGUAAAUUAAUAAAGUUAUAUGUAAAGUGUUCUUCUGAUUGUGCCAAGUCUGACAAAGGUCAGUACUUCACGAACAGGAAAGCCUAGAAAAAACUGAGAGAAAUAUUUUAUAGACUAGUCAUCAAAAAAAUGCAUAAAUAAAUAAAUAAAUAGGUAAAAAGAUUAUCACUCUAACUAAACAUUUAAAAAAUAAUGACAUGGUGACCAAGUUAUCUUUUAAGUUUGAAACUAGUCCUUUUAUACAUUGUCUUAUACUUUUCGGUUAGUUUAAUUUAAAGCAAGUGACAAAGAUGUUAUGCAUGAGACUUGUUAUUUAUUGACAUAAGGAAUGUAAUGUAAUUAUAUGGACGUGCAAAGAACCGCGGUAAGUAAUCUGGAGUCAAAAAUGAUACUCACUGUGGAAUGUGGUGGACUGGGGAAUGAAGAGAACGCGGGAAUGGCGAGGGCUGCAUAGUAACGUAGACCCUACAAAUCAUGAAGUUUUAUUUAUAUAUUUAUUUUUUCUAGAGACAAAAAUUAUAAUAAUAAAGUAAAACACUUAAGAUGUUACUCCCUCUUAAUCAGUGACACUUAAAUCCUCCCUUUAACGGUCUCGUUAAAUUUGUAUAAGCAAAAGAAAAAUUUAAAACGCGAGAGUUUUAGUGGAAAUUUAGCAUACCAAGGGAGCUUUUGCUUUCAGGUUGAAGUGUCAAGUAUUACUAUAGGCUUCUUUAAUAUCAGCUUUUGUUUUUCAGCAAUAAGAAACUGUAAUCAAAAUAACCAAAAUAUAUCAUUCGAUUCAACGACACUUAUUACCUUACUUCGAGGUGCUUAAACAGCUCAUACAUCAAACAUUGACUACAGUGUAAACGCCGUCAUGUCAACAAACCCAUGGACUGAAGUGCUCCACUGUUCUCAAAAACCUCCUGGGAAGUUAUGGGACUAGAAUUUUAUGGCAGACUAAAAUCCCUAUUGGCAGUUCAGGAAAACUGACGGCUCAUCAGUUUAUAAUUCAAACGCUUAGUUUUAUGCGAACUAUUUGAUAACGCGAUUCAAAUCAAGUAAUUAACAUCAUAAAGACGGCUUCUCUGUAUUUUCACUGUUCUUCCUAUUGACUAUAAGUUGUUUGAUUCCUGUGUGAAGUGGGACGUUUUAUUAAAAUAUGAGAUAUGUCAUAUAUAGUAUCGCUUAGCGUGGUGCUCUACAGGAGAGUAUAAAGUUAUCUACAAUUUGUGGAGUAUUAUUUAAGUAGGUUUAAGCAACUCAAAUUUUAUUUGCAGCGUGAUAUGACAUGAGAUCGGGACAGCUUAGAAACUUGCUUAAUGUUCAUUUUCAGAGAAGCCGAGGAUAAGGCUACCGUUACCAGUAGUAAGAUCUGUACCAGGACAUUAUAUCUGGUUUCUACUGGAAGGUACUCCACCGAUUAACUCGACAUUAGUGAAUACAUCAACACCUUUGAAGGGUGUUUACAUAAUAAAAGGGAUCGAGCUAAAUCGGACGGGCAACUACACUCUACUAGCAGAAAAUGAAGAAGGAACUGACUCAAAAACGGUUGAAGUAACCUUUCUGGGUAAGGAUUCAAUGCUGUUAAAUUUCAUUCAAUGUAGAUGAGGCAUUUUGCAAUAAACAACUAUUAAUAGUAGUGCGCACAAACAGUUGUGUUGACUUCCGUCCUUAUCUUAUCCAUUGAUGAUUCAGUUCAUUCGGUGAAAAAUGAAUGUAAAGAGUUUUAGACGACUUGCUUUUGCAUGUUUCACCAUUGUUUUGAACACGGGUAAUUUGUAUGAAUUAAAGUUUGUAAACAAUGAGGAUUUACCAAACACUGGAAAUUUGGAUUUCACCCUCAGGCCUGUAGCCAGAAUUUUUUACGGGGAGGUGCGAUCCAACGAGGAGACGGACCAAACGUUGCCACGGGCGCAAGUCUCUGGGGUGGGGAGAAUUAGGUUGCCUGAGACCUCAUUUGGAGCAUUUUGAAAAACUGGGUAUUUCUCACACUUUUAAUCUUCAAAAGUAAUUUUUUCAAAUAGAGUACUUUAUUUUACAAUUUUUUAUAGUGACGGGAUGUCGCUAUUUAAAGAGAAAAAAAAAUAAAAAAGAAAGUUGUAAGUCCGUACUAUUCGCUAGGUUUUACGCAUGAUGUUUUAAUCAUGAUCUUUUAAUAGUGUACCAAGCUCAAAAUUUCUUGGGUGUUUGUUAGAAACAGAUCAAUCAAAGACUUCUUUCAGAUCAAUGUAUGUUACAUAGUGGAUGCGUUUAUUAGUCAGUGGAGAGAGCCUUUGUUGUGCCGCGAAUACUAAUUUUUGGCCACAGAAAACAGCUGAUAUUUUAAACUAUCCUCAAAGAAAAAGGGCUACAGAAAAAAGGAACAAUGCAUACCUUAAAGAGAAAAAGGAUCCAAGAUCCAGCCCUUGUGAUUGGCAGGAGCCCAUCAGUGGCUCCUCUAAGUAGCCUGCGCAGAAAGCGUUUCCGUGCGAUUUCGGAGCAAAGAACGAGGAGCGAGAGUCAAAGACCGCGCAUAAAAUGGAGGGAGUAAAAGAGCGGGGAGGGGGUGGUCAACAGAAAAUAAGUGGACCUCUGGGCCCUGUGUGGACGGGGGUUGGGAGCGCAUCCGUCGCAUCCCCCCUCUCUAUGGGCCUGACCCUUAAUCAAUGAGUAAAAAUGAAAAUUCGUUAUUGUCUAUUAAUACUGUAUUAAUUUAUAUAUCGGAAUGUACCGCUUUCUUGAAAACUUCCCUCUACCAAUUGUCUUAUUCUUGCGUCCAUUCAUUUUUCAGAUUGCAAUCAUUUGUGUCACAGUACAGGUUCGAUAACAAGUUCUGGCAAAGUUACUAACGAACACAACUGUGAUAAAAGCCACAUAACACAUAAUUGGAAUUGCAUUCCAACUACAACCACUAAAUUGUAA